CACUGGCAGAGGACAAAUACCCGACUCGAUCCCGCUGUAUCUCACUGCUCCACCGCGACUUACCUGGAGAAGAAAUGGCAAACUCCGACCGAGCCGACACUGCAAUAGCCUUCGUCUACAGGGGCACGUUUGUCCACUCGACUCAACAAAAGGCGCUACAGAUCCUGAAAGAUGCGCUCCUGGGAGUGGAUACACAGGGAAAGAUUGCUUUUAUCGAGGAAGGCAAGGAGUUAGAAAAACUGUCCCAGACCUUUGGAUUCAAGACAUCUGACAUCACUCAGCUGGCACAACAUGAGUUCUUCAUGCCAGGACUUGUAGAUACCCACAUCCAUGCAUCACAGUACAGCUACGCUGGCACAGCAUUGGACAUGCCGUUACUGCAGUGGCUUAAUGCUUACACCUUUCCUGUGGAGUCACGCUUCAAGGACUUGGAGUUCGCCCGCAAGGUCUACACCCAAAUAGUGAGAAGAACUCUGAGAAAUGGAACAACAACUGCUUGCUACUUUGCUACAAUUCACACUGAAGCCUCUCUGUUGCUGGGCCAGAUUGCAAAUAACUUUGGACAGCGUGCUUUGGUUGGCAAGGUGUGCAUGGACAGGAACGACUGUGUGAAACAUUACAAAGAGACUUUGCAGGACUCUCAAGACGAGACCUGUCGGUUCAUUAAAGAGCUCCUGAACAAAAAGUACCCUUUAGUGAAGCCUGUGGUGACUCCCCGUUUCGCUCCAUCCUGCACAGGAGCGUUGCUCGAGCAGCUGGGAGAAAUCGCUAAAAAUAACAACCUGCACAUUCAGAGUCAUAUCAGUGAAACUCUCGAGGAAGUAAAGCUUGUAAAGGAACUGUUUCCCGAAUCAGAGUCUUACGCAGAUGUCUAUUACAAACACAACCUGCUCACUGACAAGACAGUGAUGGCCCAUGGGUGCCACCUCAGUGAUGAAGAGUUGGCUCUGUUCAGAGAGACUGGAGCCUCUUUGUCCCACUGUCCCAAUUCCAACUUUUCGUUGUGCAGUGGAGUGUUAAAUGUCCGCAACGUCCUGAAACACAAAGUGAAGUUGGGGCUGGGAACAGAUGUGGCCGGAGGUUACUCCGCCUCUAUGCUCGAUGCCGUGAGGAGAGCUCUGGAUGCAUCUAAAGUCUUGACCAUCCAGGACCCAAAAUACAAAACACUCAGUUUUGAGGAGGUGUUCAGAAUAGCCACACUGGGAGGCAGUCAGGCCUUGUCCUUAGAUGACCAAACAGGGAACUUUGAAGUUGGCAAAGACUUUGAUGCCCUGAGGAUUAAUGUAGCUGCUGAGGGUGGGCCUAUCGAUCUCAUCCAGGACGAGGAACCAAAGAUUCUUUUGGAAAAAUUCUUGAAUUUGGGUGAUGAUCGUAACAUCGCGGAGGUGUUUGUAGCUGGCAGGAAGGUGGUGCCGAUCACAGAGUAAAUACAACUGUACCUGUCUCACAGCCUAAAAUACAGGUCCAGGAUAUCCAACACGACAGCAAUCAGCCCUGUGCCUGCACAACAGACAAAAUUGAAUUAAUCAGAGCAUAAAACAGAGACUGUAUUUCAAUUCACACAAGCCCAGUGGUCACCUAAGCCUGAAUACAGUCUGCUGCAUGCGUCUUUAAGCAUAACUGCUACGCUGUAAAAAGGAGAAUAAGGGAUUUAAUUACUGAACUUUGCACUUUUUUAGACAACUGUUGCCAGUAGUGAAACAGGCAUGUGUCAUUUUUACCUACUACUAACGCACCACUGCUCUCUGAUUAACAAAGCACUUUUUUAAAUCUUCGUUUUGUUCACAAAGACAUCAUGCUUAUUAUUUAAACUUCUUUCUUAAACUUGUUUUUUUUUUUUUUUUUAAUCCAGCUGAAGUUUUAAAUACUAGUUUUCUAUUGCAGGUUGAUAUUUAAGUGUCACAAUUGUCCACGAAGUUUCGUGCUAGUGAUGUAAAGCUGCUCAGUGUGCCACUGCAGUGCCUGACCCGAUUAUCUUCAGUGGUUGAUGCUCCAAUUUAUAAUGCUUGUGCAGCUAAAGCAUCCUUUGUGAUUCAAAGACUGGAACUGACUCGACUUCUGAUUAUAAAAUACCAAAUAGCACAUGAUUAUACAACCCCAAUUCCAAAAAUCCUCAAAAAAGUUGGGACAGGGCCAUGUUUGUAGGACUGUGCAUCCCCUCUUCUUUUAGCAGCAUCCAUAAACAUUUAGGAAGUGAGGAGACAGAUUUCUGGACUUUUUGAGGAGGAAUGUUGUCAUAUAUUGGCCUGACAUACCAUUGUAGCUGCUCAACAGUCCUGGAUCUUCUUUCCUGUGUUUUCCAUUUCGUGAUAUGCCUGGACUGCAGGCAGGCCAGCACCCAGACUCUUCUACUAUGAUGCCAUGCUGUUGUAAGAGCUAUGCAGUUUAGCAGUGAACGUGUUUCUGAGCCCAUGCACUGACUUCCAUGACAGAGUCAAGCCUGUUUUCAGUGCAGUACUGCCCGUGGGCCCAAACAUCACAUGCAUCCAAUGCUGAUUUUCAGCCUUGUCCUUGCACACAGAGAUUUCUCCAGAUUCUCUGAAUCUUUUGAUGAUAUCAUGUACUGUAUGAGAUAAGAUGACUGCGAAGAAUGUGAUGUGAUAUUCACAGUCUCCCCAGUUUUAUGUUGAGGAACGUUACUCUGAAAUUGCUCCACAAUUUGUGGGUGAAGGUUUUUGCAGAUUGGUGAACCUCUGCCCAUCUGUACUUUAAGAAACUCUGCCUCUCUGAGAUGCUUUUUGUAAUCAAUUGUUUCUCCAGCUGUUUCUUUUUAGUACCACUUACCUUUCCAGCCUUUUCUUGUCUUCCGCUCACUGUUUUGAGACGUGCUGCUGACAUCAUAUUCAAAAUGAACCAAUACCGGUGGUCAUAAAAAUCCAUAGUCAGCUUUAAUUCACUGAGAAUAUUCUCAGUGCAUCAGUACUGCCAGUUAUAGUUCAAACAGACUAUGUAUAGGUUACUGUUACAAACUUUUUCAGCUGUUAAGGAAUGAAGAAAAUAAUAAUGUGAACUUAUUGCAUAAUAUGUAUUAGCUUUAAUACUUGUAUUUAAGACAA